UUACCUGAGAAAGGAAGGGGAAAGCAGAGCGAGGAGAGAAUGAAGAAGACGGUCGUGUGAGUUGAACAAGAAGUUCUCUGCCGAAGUGACGGUUUUUGUAAUUUCCUCUUGUGCUGUGCGCCGCGAAUCCAUAUUCGCGCAAACUUGCAAAAAGGUUUUUCGAGCGCGAGUUCUGUCGCGAAUUUUGUGCUGUGAGGUCGUCAGGUGGUCUUUGACGACAGGUGUUUUGCUUCGUACCUUCCAAUGGGGAGCCAAACGGCUGUAAACAAAAAUGGAGAUCGCACCUAGAAGUUGCUGCCGCCACCAUCAAGCUGAACAAGUUCUUCCAAUUCAUCAGUAGUCGACACGCAAGCCACUUGUGGUCGCCGAAACCCCAAGGAAGGAGAAUAAAAAUAAAUAAAUCAUGUACGAGGAGGAGCUGGAAGUCGCCAUCAAGGUGGUGAUCGUCGGCAACGGAGCCGUCGGCAAGUCAAGCAUGAUUCAGAGGUACUGCAAAGGAAUCUUCACGCGCGACUACAAAAAGACCAUCGGCGUCGAUUUUUUGGAGAGGCAGAUCUCACUUGGAGGUGAAGAGGUGAGACUGAUGGUUUGGGACACUGCUGGCCAAGAGGAGUUUGACGCCAUCACCAGAGCUUACUACCGCGGGGCUCAAGCCUGCGUGCUCGCGUUCUCCACCACAGACCGAGACUCUUUCGAAGCCGUCCGGUCGUGGAAGAAAAAGGUGGAAGACGAGUGUGGUGAGAUACCGACGGUCCUGGUCCAAAAUAAAAUCGAUCUCGCAGACCACAGCGUCGUUGAACCGGAGGAAGCUGAAAUGCUAGCACGUUCAUUGGGCUGUCGGCUGUUUCGAGUAUCAGUGAAAGAAGAUGUCAACGUGGGUCCUGUUUUUCGUCACUUGGCGGCCUGUUGCCUCGAAGAAAUGCAUGCAGAGGAAGAGGCCAUGGGAAUGGGUGGAUAUCAACCACCGGCUAUUAGUGCCUUCAGCCUGCCCGUGUCCCCUUUGCACAAAGGUAGCAAACACCAUCACCACCAUCAUGGAGCAAUAGCAAUUAAGUCCAGAGGCCGAAGACUUUUCCGCAGUCACCACCCAGGCAAAAACAUGCUGCGCGGCGCGUGUUCAAUUAUCUAAUGACGUUUCGAGAAAUCAAAUCAAUCGUGUAGUGAACUUAAAUAAUGGACAAGGAAUUUCUACUGAGGUGCGUUGUGCCUGGGUCUGCCGUCUGCUUUCUUGUUUGACAAAGGCUCAAGAGUGUGUGAUACGAAGAAACUUUUUGUUUAUAAUAGUGCUCAUUGUUUUUACCUGUUGUAAAUGUGUUGAAGUAACUCUUGAAUCUGCACCCUCUUGCAUUUUCCUAAUUUUAAUGAGAGCAACUAACUUUGUAAGAAAUUGAAAGAUUUGAUAGAAUUUGUAAUUUAAUUCAAUUUUAAUUAAUAUUUUGGUGAUACAAUAAACCACUCAGCUUGAUAGACGA